GGCUACACACCCCUUCACCUGGCGUACAUGUUUAACCAGUACCAUAUUGCCGAGUUGCUGCGAACUUAUGGUGCCGAUGCGAAUGCCCGGGACAAUAGUGGCCGCAAACCAGGCCAAUAUCAAAGGGGUGGAGUGCCGCAGCCGGUUAGAGCUACGGUGGUGUCUGGUUCCAAGACUACCCCACAACCUUCCCGCACCCUUGAAAAGGACUUGGGUUUCAUGCGGAUGGGGUCAUUCAACAGUCGAGUGAAGCGCACUGCGGCAGCUCUCACAAACCCUUUUGGUGUCCAGAAGCUAAAGCCCUGGGGUUCUGCGGACAGUGUUGCUGAUGGUGCCGCUCCUUGCAUGGCACCACCAAAGAGUGUGGUGAAAAAGAAGAAGUCGAAGAAAGUAAUCGAUUUUCCCAGCUCAAGCAGCAUAGACUCUGUGAAAUCAAGGCGCAGCAUGACACCGAAAGAGGAGUCUGAUUCUGACAGCGUCUACGGCUUUCCUUCCUGAUUAUCUUCGAACACUGCCAAAUGUCACUUCGCAUUCCAUUGUAGGACAGAGAUAGGGAGAGUGGAAAGGUGUCCCAUACAAAUUUAUCUCGCAGAUGCGAUGUAAUGCAGACUGUGUUGAUAUUACUGUGUGGCAAGGAUGAAUCCUGUAUGGUGCAUCAUUGCUUAGCGGUGUAUUUUGCUAGCUACAAGCACGAGUCUAAUGGAGAGUCUAAACUGUAGAUAUCUGACAUUUUCUUGCGUGCAGUCACUUGUUGUGAUGAUGUAAUAUUUAGCACUAUUUGCUUGCAUAGAUUGGUUCUAUGCGUUGCAUGACUAUAUGCAUUUGUGUUAAGAGGCCUGAUCAGUCGGUUAUGAAUUUGUAUAGGCCACCACUUUUCACGAAGUAAUGAAAUAAUAGAACUGAGUUGUCCGAGAGGCUACAUGAACCUUUUGAAUUACUGAAAGCUGUUUCCUUCAUGUAUAUGUAUUUUUUUCUUUUUUUUCCACUCUCAAAAGCGUCUAUGGCUUUCCUUCCUGAUUAUCUUCGAACACUGUAUAAUGUUACUUCCAUUGUAGGACAGAGACAAGGAGAGGUGGCCCAUACAAAUUUAUCUCAAGCAUUUAAUCUAAUGCAGACUGUGUUCAUAUUACUAUGUGGCAAGAAUGAAUCCUGUAGGUUGCAUCAUUGCUUAGCGGCGUAUUUUGUUAGCUACAAACAUGAGUUUAAUGCAGAGUCUAAACUGUAAAUAUCUGACAUUUUGUUGCUUGCAGUCACUUAUUGUGAUGACGUAAUAUUUAGCACUAUUUGCUUGCAUGUAUUGUACAUAGAUCGGUUGCCUGCGUUGCAUGAUUAUAUGCAUUUGUGUUAAGACGCCUGAUCAGUCGGUUAUGAAUUUGUAUAGGCCACCACUUUUCACGAAGUAAUGAAAUAAUAGAACUGAGUUGUCCGAGAGGCUACAUGAACCUUUUGAAUUACUGAAAGCUGUUUCCUUCAUGUAUAUGUAUUUUUUUUCUUUUUUUUUCCACUCUCAAAAGCGUCUAUGGCUUUCCUUCCUGAUUAUCUUCGAACACUGUGUACUGUUACUUCCAUUGUAGGACAGAGACAGGGAGAGGUGGCUCAUACAAAUUUAUCUCAAGCAUUUAAUCUAAUGCAGACUGUGUUCAUAUUACUGUGUGGCAAGGACGAAUCCUGUAGGGUGCAUCAUUGCUUAGCGGCGUAUUUUGCUAGCUACAAACACGAGUCUAAUGCAGAGUCUAAACUGUAAAUAUCUGACACUUUGUUGCUUGCAGUCACUUAUUGUGGUGACGUAAUAUUUAACAUUAUGCUUGCAUGUAUUGUACAUAGAUUGGUUCUAUGCGUUGCAUGACUAUAUGCAUCUGUGUUAAGAGUCCUGAUCAGUCGGUUAUAAAUUUGUAUAGGCCACCACUUUUCACGAAGUAAUGAAAUAAUAGAACUGAGUUGUCCGAGAGGCUACAUGAACCUUUUGAAUUACUGAAAGCUGUUUCCUUCAUGUAUAUGUAUUUUUUUUCUUUUUUUUUCCACUCUCAAAAGCGUCUAUGGCUUUCCUUCCUGAUUAUCUUCGAACACUGUGUACUGUUACUUCCAUUGUAGGACAGAGACAGGGAGAGGUGGCUCAUACAAAUUUAUCUCAAGCAUUUAAUCUAAUGCAGACUGUGUUCAUAUUACUGUGUGGCAAGGACGAAUCCUGUAGGGUGCAUCAUUGCUUAGCGGCGUAUUUUGCUAGCUACAAACACGAGUCUAAUGCAGAGUCUAAACUGUAAAUAUCUGACACUUUGUUGCUUGCAGUCACUUAUUGUGGUGACGUAAUAUUUAACAUUAUGCUUGCAUGUAUUGUACAUAGAUUGGUUCUAUGCGUUGCAUGACUAUAUGCAUCUGUGUUAAGAGUCCUGAUCAGUCGGUUAUAAAUUUGUAUAGGCCACCACUUUUCACGAAGUAAUGAAAUAAUAGAACUGAGUUGUCCGAG